AUGCUGCUGUACCUUCCUGUGUUCUCUCUCUCACUGUGUGUUAUUCUGACCACCAGGGACAGGCCUCUGCAAAACGACAAGGAGGGAAAAAAUAAAAAAAAAAGGUGUACUGCGGGUUAAAUAACUUGCUGUUUAUUUAAUGUUCUGAAUCACUGUGGGGAAGAAGGAAGGUAUUUGCUAGCCCAACGUGUGUAGAUAUUUCUGCUUACUAGGUUAGAUGUUAUUUUCUCCUGGUGGUCAAUAUGGCAGCGAAGAUGUGUUCUAUCAUCACCAGGAAGUCAUUCUAACUCGACGUGAACAAGGGAUUGGACAGUCAGCAGGGAACUGUUGUAGAGGCUUCUGGGUAAUGUAGUCCUAGAGGGUUAACCAGUGUUUUGUGUCUUUCUCUGAUCAGGACAUUGUGCCAGUGGUCUACCACCUGAUCCCUGCACCCAACAAGACCAAGAAAGGACGCGGAACGAAGGAAGGAAGGAGGGAGGGGAGAGGGAGGAAGGAGAAGGAAUGGGACGCGAAGGAGGAAGGAAGGAGAGAAGAGAAGGAGGUGAGCGAAAGGAGAAGGAAUGUGGAGGAGGGAGUUUGCCAGAAGGCUAGCAGAGACAUGAAAGAUACAGAGUGGGAUGGAACAAGUACAGUGUACUAUGUGUAGGGUUUGGGUCUAGAACAACUGUCUCUAUCGAUAUCUCGAUCUGUAUGAGAGAGUAGAGAGAGAUAGUCGUGUUAUUCACACUCGCUCUCUCUCUCUCGCUCGCUCUCUUGUCUCUGUCUCUGUAUCUGUCUAUGCUCUGUCUCUCUCUCUCUCUUCUCCUAUCGCUCUAUCUAUCUCUCUCUCUCUCUCUCUAUCUCUCAUGCUCUAUGUUCUCUGUAUCUCUCUGUCUCUCUCUCUAUCUCUCUCUGUCCUCUGCUCUGUCUCUUUCUCUCGGUCUCUGUCUAUAUCUCUCUCUUCUAUAUAUCUCUCUAUUAUCUCUUCGUUCUCUGUCUCGUCUCGGUCUCUCUCCCUCUAUCCCUCUCUCUCUCUGGUCGCCUAUGCCUCUUCUCUCUCUUAUCUCUAUCAUCUCCUCUCUCUCUCUCUCGAUUCUCUCUGUCUCUCUGCCUCUAGGGAUCUGUCUCUGUCUCUGGUCUCUCUCUCUAUCUAUCUCUCUCUAGCCCCCCUCUCUCUCUCUCCCUCAUCUCUCCCCCUCCCCCUCGGUCCCCUCAAUCCCCAGGUUAGACACCAGCUACCUGUAUGAUGAAUGAACGGAGAACUUCUCUUCUUACCUGCCACUGCAUGUUCAGAGGCUGCACCAGCUGGACUCUGAGAAGGUACACACACUAUCUGCUGUUGAUUAGUCAGUCUAACCCUGUACUCUCUCUGCUGUCGAUUAGUCGUGUCUAACCCUGUACUCUCUCUGCUGUCGAUUAGUCGCGUCUAACCCUGAGGCUCUCUCUGCUGUCGAUUAGUCAUGUCUAACCCUGAGCUCUCACUGCUGUCGAUUAGUCGCGUCUAACCCUGUCUCUCUCUGCUGUCGAUUAGUCGCGUCUAACCCUGUACUCUCUCUGCUGUCGAUAGUCAUUGUCUAAACUAGAGCUAUAUUGCUGUCGAUUAGUCGUGUGUCUAAACCAUAGACUCCUGGCUGCAUUAGUCGCGUAACCCUGAGACUCUCUGCUGUUGAUUAGUCGCGUCUAACCCUGCACUCUCUAUAUGCUGUGAAGUUAGUCGCGUUCUAACACUGUUAACUUCCUGCGUCAGAUUAGUUCGAGUCUACCCUGGUUACUCUCUCUGCUGUCGAUUAUAAGGUCUAUACCGUGAGCUCUCUUUGCUGCGAUUGUCAUGUCUAACCCUGAGCUCUCUUGCUUUGUCGAUUAGUCGCGUCUAACCCUGUGCUCUCUCUGCUGUCGAUUAGUCGCGUCUAACCCUGUACUCUCUCUCUGUAGGAGCGUUUGAUGCGCCUGGGUGACAUCGUGACGGCCUCUGACAUGGUUCUGUCUCGGAUUGACCAGACUGCCCUGGCGGUCUACCUCACCAUAAAGACCGACCCUCGCCCCGACGCUGCCACCAUCAAGAGGUACACCACUGAGUCUUAGACCGUAUCCCAAAUGGCACCCUGUCUAUAUCGGAAGUACACUACUUAGAAACAAAAGAGCCCUUAGUUGACACACCUAUUCCAUUAUUAGUGCACUACUUUAGACCAGAGCCCUGCACACCCUAUUCCCCUAUAUAGUCUGCAAUACUUUAGACCAGAGCCCUAUGACACCCCUAUCCCAUAUAGUGCACUACUAUAGACCAGAGCACUUCUUGGACACCCUAUCCCCUAUAUAGUACAAUACUCUUAGACCAGAGCCUAUGACAACCUGAUUCCUAUAUAGUACACUACUUGUAGACCAGAGCCCAGACACCUAUUCCCUAUAUAGUGCACUACUGGAGACAAGAGACAUAUGAAGAACCUAUCCAUAUAGUGCAAACUAAAUUUAGACAAGAAGCCCUAGGCACGGCCAUUCACGUAUAUAGAGCACUACUUUAGACCAGAGCACUUAAUUGUAUGACACCUAUUCCCUACGAGAGUACACUUACUUUAGACAGGCCUAUGACACCCUAUUUCCCUAUUAUAGUGCACUCUUUAGACCAGAGGCCUAGGGACACCUAUAUAGUGCACUAUUGAAGACCAGAGGCCCUAUGACACCCAUUCCCUAUAUAGUGCAUUAAUUUAGACCAGGAGCCCUUAGACACCCAUUUAUUCCCUAUAUAGUACACCACUUAGACCAGCAGCCCUAUGACACCCUAUUCCCUAUAUAGUGCCACCUACUUUAGACCAGAGCCCUAUGACACCCUACCCCUAUAGUACACACUUUAGACCAGAGCCCUAUGGCACCCUAUUCCCUUAUCUAGUGACACUACUUUGACCGGAGCCCUUAUGACACCCUAUCCUAUAUAGUACAAUUACUUUAGACCAAGAGCCCAUGCCCCCUAUUCCCUCAUAUAGUGCACUACUUUAGACCCAGAAGCCUUAUGACACCCUAUUCCCAUAUAGUACACUACUUUAGGACCAGAGCCCUAAUGACACCACUAUUCCCUAUCUAGGCACUAAUUAGACCAGAGCCCUUUAUGACACCCUAUUCCCAUAUAGCCUACACUACUUUAGCCAGAGCCUCUGACACCCUAUCCCUAUAUAGUACACUUACUUUAGGACCCAGAGCCUAUGACACCCUUAGUUCCCUAUAAGUACAUACUUGACCAGAGCCCUAUGACACCAUAUCCCUACAUAUAGUUGGCACUACUUUAGACCAGCGACAUAUGACACCCUAUUCCCCAUAUAGUACACUACGUAGACCCAGGAGCCCUUAUGACAACCUAUUCAUAUAUAGUGCAACUACUUUAAGACCGAGCCUAUGACACCUAUCCCUAUAUAGUGCACUACUUUAGAACAGGAGCCCUUAUGAACCCUAUUCUCAAUAGGACAUCUACUUUAGCCCCGAGCACUAUGACACUCCUAUUCCUAUAUCGUACACACUUAGACCAGAGCCCUAUGGCACCAUUAUCCUAUUAUAGGCAGAGCGGGGAGACAAGAGCCCGAGGACACCGCCGAGGCCCGGACAGAGUACAGAAGGGGAGACCAGAGACCUAGGACACCCGACGUAUGCCCUAUAUAGUCACACUACUGUAGAAAACGUCUAGACCCGCUUUAAAUUCCCCCUUAUCUCCCCCCCCCCGCGGUUGUUUUCGGUCCGUUUCUUCCCUAAUGACACCACUAUCCAUAUAUAGUGCACUACUUUAGACCAGAGCCCUUCAUGACCACCCUAUUCACUUUAUAGUACACUUACUUAGAACCAGAGCCCGAUGCCACCCCUUAUUCCUAUCAUAGUGCACUACGUUAGACCAGAGCCUAUGACACCCUAUUCCUAUAUAGUACACUACUUUAGACCAGAGCCCUAUGGCACCCUAUUCCCUAUAUAGUGCACUGCUGUAGACAGGAGCCCUAUGACACCCUAUUCCCUAUAUAGUACACUACUUUAGAGCCAGAGCACUAUGACACAUCUAUUCCCUAUAUUAGUGCACUAAUUUAGGACAAGAGCCCUAUGACACCCUUUCCAUAUAUAGUGAACUACUUUAGACCAGAGCCCUAUGACACCAUAUUCCCUAUAUGUGCACUACUUUAGACCAGAGAGCCCUAGACACCCAGUCCCGUAGAGAGGGUGCACGGAAGGGUAGAACAGAGCCCUGGGAUGACACCCGAGGCCCCGAGAGAGGCCACGGAAUGGUAGACCAGAGCCUUUAUGGACACCCUAUUCCCUAUUAUAUAGUGCACUACUUUAGACCAGGCCCUAUGACCACCCUAUUUCCUAAUAGUGCACUACUUUAGACCAGAGAGCCCUAUGACACCCCUAUUCCCUAUAUAGUUGCACUACUUGAGACCAGAGCCCUAUGACACCUAUUCCCUAAUAGUGCACACUUUUAGACCAGGCCCUAUGACACCCUAUUUCCCUGUAUAGGCACUACUUUAGACCAAGAGCCCUUUGAACCCCCUAUCCCUAUAUAGGGCACUACUUUAGACAGAGACUAUGACCCCAUUAUUCCCUAUAUAGUGCAAUACUUUUUAGACCAGAGCCUAGACAAUCUUUCCCUAGUUAUAGUGCACUACUUUAGACCAGGGCUCUAUGGCACCCAUUCAUAUAUAGUACAUACUUGGAGACCAGAGCCCUACUGACACCCUAUUCCCUAUAUAGUGGACUAAUUUUAGACCGAUCCUUGAUGACACCCUAUCCCCGAUAUUAGUGCAAUACUUUAGACAGAGCCAUAUGGACACCCUUGCCAUCUAUAGGUCACUAAUUUGAAGACCAGAGGCCCUUGGCACCCGAGUACCGAGAGAGGACAGGACUUGUAUGCAUACUCAGAGCCCGAUGACAACCACAUAUUCCAUUAUAUAGUGCCCUCCUACUUUAGACCAGGCCCGUUAAUGACACCCUAUCCCUAUAUAGUAACUACUUUAGACCAUGAGCCCUAUGACCCCAUUAUUCCCUAUAUAGUGCACUACUUUAGCCCAGAGCCCUAGUGGACACCCUAUUCCCUAUGAAAGUGCAUACCUUUUGCGACCCCGAGCCUAGGCACCCGUUCCCUAUAGAGUGCAUACUUGAGACCAGCGAAUACUGCUCCCGGUAUUCGAAUAUAGAUGACACUACUUUAGACCCAGAGCCCUAUGCACCUAUUCACUAAUAGUGCACUACUUUAGACCAGAGCCCUAUGGGGACACCCCCCCUAUUCGGCAUCUACUUUAGACCAGAGGCCCUUAUGACACCCUAUUCCCUAUUAUAGGGCACAACUUAGAACAGAGCCUAUGACACAUCUAUUCCCCUAUAUAGUACACUAUCUUGACCAAGAGCCGAUGACACCUAUUUCCCUAGAUAGUGCACGACUUUGACCAGGGAGACCUAUGUACAACAGAUUCCCUACAUAGUACACACUUUAGACCAGAGCCCUAUGGCACCCUAUUCCCUAUAUAGUGCACUACUUUAGACCAGAGGCCCUAUGACACCCUAUUCCCUAUAUAGUACACUCUUUAGACCAGAGUACCCUAGCCACCUAUUCCCUAUAUAUGCCACUCUUUAGACCAGAGCCCUAUGACCCCUUAUUCCCUAUAUAGUACACUACUUUAGAACGAGCCCUAUGACCACCCGAUUCCCUAUUAUAGUGCAACGACUGUUAUACCAAGAGACAUAGAACACUAGGGGACAUAGAGAGUGACAAUGACGAGACCAGAGCACUAGGACACCCGCAGGCCCGAGAGAGGACAACAGCGGGAGAGCCAGAGACCCUAUGGACAACCUCCUAUUCCCUAUUAGUACACUACUUUAAAACCAGGAGGCCCUAUGACACUAAUAUUCCUAUAUAGUGCACUACUUAGACCGAGCCCUAUUGACCACCCUCAUUCCCUAUAUAGUUACACUACUUAGCCGAGCCCUAUGAAAACCUAUUCCCUAUAUGUUGCACUUACUUAGGACUAGAAGAGAGCCCUUUAUGAAAACCCUAUUUCCUAUAUAGUGCACUACUUUAGACCAGAGCCCUAUGACAACCCUAUUACUAUAUAGUACACUACGUAGAGAACAGAGCCUAGACACCCUAUUCCCUAUAUCGUAAACUACUUUAGACCAGAGCCAUAGGCACCCUAUUCCAUAUUAUAGUUGCAAUACUUUAGACCAGAGCCCUAUGACACCCAUUCUAUAUAGAAUAAAUACUUUAGAAACCGAGCCCUAUGGACACCCUAUUCAACCUAUAUAGUGCACUACUUUAGACCAGAGCCCUAUGACACCCUAUUCCUAUAUAGUGCCACUACUUUGUAGACCAGAGCCCGUAUAUGACACCCUAUUCCCUAUAUAGUUACACUACUUUAGACCAGAGCCUAUGACACAUAUUCCCUAUUAUAGGACACUGUUUAGGACCAGAGCCUUUAUGACACACUUUCCCUAUAUAUUACACUACUUAGACCAGGCCCUAUGACACCUAUUCCCUAUAUAGUGACACUACUUUAGACCAGAGCCCUAUGACACCCUAUUCCAUAAUUAGUGCAUACUUUAGACCAGAGCCCUAGUGGACACCUAUUCCCUAUAUAGUGCCACUACUUAGACCAGAGCACUAUUUGACACCCUUAAGUGCCCUAUAUAGUGCACUUACUUUAGACCAGAGCCCUAUGAAACCUAUUUCCCUAUAUAGUGCACUACGGGAGACAAGAGACCUAUGACACCAUAUUCCCUAAUAGGAGAAAAUAAUUAGAAAAGAAAGCCCUUAAUAUGCAUCCAUUAUCCUAAUAGUGCACUACUUUAGGACAAAGCCAUUGAACACCCUAUUCUCCUAUAUAGGGCACUACUUUAGACCAGAGACCCUUGACACCGCUAUUCCCAUAUAGUGCACUACUUUAGACCAGAGCCCUAGACACCCAUUCCCUAUAUAGUGCACUACUUUAGACCAGAGCCCUCCUAUGACCACCCUAUUCCCUAUAUAGUGCAUACUUUUAGACCAGAGCCCUAUGACACCCUAUUCCCUAUAUAGUACACUAAAUUUAGACCAGACCCCUUAUGAACCCUAUUCCCUAAAUAUAGUGCAAUACUCUUUAGACCAGAGCCCUAUGAAACCCUAUUCCCUAUAUGUGCACUACGUUAGACCAGAAGCCUAGACACCCUAUUUCCCGAAUAGGCCACUACUUUAGAGACAGAGGCCUAUGAAACCAUAUUCCCUAGAUAGUACAUACUUUCGGACCAGAGCCCCCUAUGGGACCCUAUUCCCUAUAUAGUGCACUACUUUGACCAGAGCCCUAUGACAACCUAUUCCCUAUAUAGGCACAACUUUAGGACCAAGUCCUAUGAAAACCUAUUCGCCUAUAUAGGCAUACUUAGACCAGAGCCUAUGACACCCUAUCCCAUAUAGUACACUACUUUAGACCAGAGCCCUAUGACACCCUAUUCCCUAUAUAGUACACUAUUUAGACCAGAGCCCUAUGACACCCUUAUGCCCUAUAUAGUGCACUACUUUAGACCAGGACCCUAUGACACCCUAUUCCCAUAUAGUGCACUCGUUAGACCAGAGCCCUAUGACCACCCUAUCCAUAUAUAGGCCACUACUUUAGACCAGAGCCCUUGAAACCCUAUUCCCUCUAUAGUUGCACUACUUUAGACCAGAGCCCAUGACACCCAUUCCCGAGGAUAGGGCACUACUUUAGGACCAGAGCCUCGAGGACACCCGGAUGCCCCUAGGGAGACGAGCACUUACUUUCGACCAGAGAGCCCUAUGACACCUAUUCCCUAAUAGGCAAUACUUUUAGACCAGAGUCCCUAUGACACCUAUCCCUAUAUAGUGCCACUACUUUAAGACCAGAGCCCUAAUGGAACACUAUUCCCUACUAUAGUACAACUACAUUUAGGACCAGAGCACUAUGACACCCUCUUUAAUCCCCUAUAGUGACACUACUUUUAGACCAGAGCACUAUGAACCCUUUCCUAUAUCGUUGCACUACUGUAGACCAGAGCCCUUUUUCCUAUGAAACCACAUCAUUCCCCUAUAUAGUGCACUACUUUAGACCAGAUGCCUAUGACACCAUAUUACCUAUAUGUGCACUUAACUAACAGAGCCCUAUGUACACCCUAUUACCUAUUAGUGCACUACUUUAAACAGGAGCCUAUGGACACCCUAAUUCCAUAGAUAGACAACACUUUGACCAGAGCAUAUGACACCCCUAUUCCCAUAUAGUGCACUACGUGAGAACAGAGAGCCCUAUGACACCCUAGUCCCUAUAUAGUGAAUACUUUCAGACAAGAGCCCUUGACACCCUAUUCCAUAGAUAGUGCACUACUUAGACAAGAGGGCCCUAGGACACCGAUUCCCUAUAUAGGACACAUUAACUUUAGACCAUGAGACCUAGAUAGGACACCCUUAUACAUAUAUAGUGAACUAAUUUAGAACAGAGCCUAUGACACACCUUAUUCAUAUAUAGUGCAUACUUUAUAACCAGGUUCCUAUGACACCCUAUCCCGAUGAUAGUGCACUAUUUAGACCAGAGCCAUUAUUUAGGACACCACCCUUUCCCUCUGUAUAUAGGAACUACUUUAGACCAGAGACAUAUUGGGACAUCCCUUAUUCCCAUAUAGACAAAAGUUAGAUCCAAGACACCUUAAUUGACACACCCUAUUCCCGAUAGAGUGCACGACUUUAGAACCGAUGCCCUAUGAACCUAGAUCCCGAUAUAGUACCACUACUUUAGACCAGAGGCCCUGUGGGGAAUAGGCUGCCAUUUUGGACGCACCCUUAGACAGUCCGGUUCCAACCAGUUGUCAGUCCUUUCAUAUCCUUUAACCUUUAUCUAAUUUCUAGUGUAAUAGAGAAUUUGUAAGGCAUUUUAUAUCAAAUAUAACUGUAUGUUUCUGUGUGUCCCUACAGUGACAUGGAGAAGCAGAAAUCCUCCCUGCUGGACGAAUUUAUGUGCAGGAAGGCUGUUGACAUGGAUGACAUGGUGAUGGUGAUGCGAAGGGGUAAAAAAAGGAAGGGGAGGGGGAGGAUGGGGAGGAUGGGCCGACAUGAUUUGGGUGUGGGGAGGAUAGGGAGGCUAGGGAGGCUGGGGGAGCUGGGGAGGCUAGGGAGGCUGGGGAGGCUGGGGAGGCUGGGGAGGCUAGGGAGGCUGGGGAAGCUAGGGAGGGGGGUGGAGACCGGGGAGAGACUGGGGCUGGAGAGGGGGAGGUGACCAGCUCUGACGACGCCCAACAAGGCAGGGCCAAAGACUUGACCGACACCUUCUGGGAGCUGCAGAAGUGGGUGGAGCUAACUGACUCGAAGGUGAGGAGGCGUGGCUAGCUGUUUCCUUGUUUGGUUUCGGGUGGAUGAAAUGGCAACAGUAACCUUACAUGUGAAUCCAUCAAUCAUCAAUCUCUCUCCCCCCCCAAUGUUUGAUGGUUUGAUCCCCUCCCCCUCUAGGUGUUGACGUUCUCCUACAAACAUGCACUAGUGAAUAAGAUGUACGGCAGAGCCCUGAAGUACGCCUCCAAGAUCGCAGAAGACAAACCCAGUAAAGACAACUUGAAGAACUGCAUCCAGGUCAGAAAGAGAGUCCAACUACCUGACAGAUCUUCUAUCUGUUAAGACUUAAACUAGCAGUUUUCUUAUAGCAUUUUUUACUGUGUCUGGUAGCACACUUGAACAUAAGAGCCUUAAAGCUCAGAGACAUUCGCAUAGCAGCCUUUCUGGAGACGGUCUACUUCCUGUAUUGUGACAUCACGUCCUGUGUUUGUUUCAGCUAAUGCGGUCCUUGGGAUGGAUGCACUGUGCCGCUUUCACAGAGAACUGGCUGCCCAUCAUGUAUCCUGCCGACUACACUCCCUUCUAGACUCACGGUUACACACACACACACACACACACACACACACACACACACACACACACACACACACACACACACACACACACACACACACACAGUCAUGGAUUGACCUCACAAACAUAAACACACAUCUGAAAACAGUCAGCGUUUUUUUUUACCAAGUCGGACUGAAUGCCUCAACAAUCUGCCCUCUCUCUCUCUCUCUCUCUCUCAACGUGAAUGAUUUCAACCCAGCCACGUUUCAGAUCUUUCUUGUGAAACCCUCCACUUGUUGCUCAGUUGUAGAUAGAAAUGUGAUGUACAGAACGGCUUGGAUUGUUUGUUUCUGGAAUGUUUUUGAUCUUUUUUUUACGUUACAUUUCUUUAAUUUUUUCAACGUUGUGACUGUUUCACCCUCCUGAAUGAACCCCGGCUGUAGAAAUGUAUAUUCAUGCAUCAUAAUACACAUUAUAAAGAGGCAAUAUUACUUCUCAUGUUAUUGUUCUCCCUGAUGUAUUUUAAAUGUACGGAUGUCUUUUUAGAGUAAACCUGUUUUUGGUUUGGAAGCUGAUCAUUUGACUUGAGAUGGGGCGGCAGGCAGGUAGCUUUAGUGGUUAAGAGCGUUGUGCCCUAGUAACCGAAAGGUCGCUGGUUCUAAUCCCCCCCGAGCCGACUAGGUGAAAAAUCUGCCGACGUGCCCUUGAGCAAGGCACUUAACCCUAAUUGCUCCUGUAAGUCGCUCUGGAUAAGAGCGUCUGCUAAAAUGACUAAUAUGUAAAUGUACUCUGUAGGAUACAUCUACCAACUGAGUUACAGAGGACGGAUGUCUUUUAGAGUAAACCUGUUUUGUUUGCUGAUGUCAAAUUCAACCCCCUUUUGUUGUUGUUGUUGUUGUUGUUGUUGUUGUUGUUGUUGUUGUUGUUUUUGUCCAUUAUCCCUGUGCGUCUUUUUUGGAAUCCCUGGAAAGAGCCUCCAUCAUUGUCAGGAUUACAGUGAUCCUGUCCUAGGUUUGUUUGACCUCUUUCACUCCUCCUCCUCCCUCCCUCCCUCCUUCCCUCCCUUCCUCCCUCCCUCCCCCCUCCCCCUCCCUCCCUCCCUCCCCUCCCUCCCUCCCUCCUCCCUCCCUCCCUCCAUCCCUCUCUUCCGCCCCCCCCUCCCCUCCCUCCCCUCCCUGCCCUCCCUCCCUCCCUCCUCUCCUCCUACCCUCCCUCCCUCCCUCUCUCUCUCCUCCCUCCCUCCCUCCCUCCCUCCCCUCUCCCUCCUUUCCUUCUCUGUACUGUAAAUAAAGGGUUUUAGGGGUUUUAGUUUCGGUCUGAAGUUCAGGGUUCAGCGAUCUCAUUCUGUCUUCUCCUUGCCAAUGACAGUGUCCUAA